UAUCUAAACCUUCAAUCAUCCCAUUAAUAUUGUUCCUCAAACUGCAAUAUAUAUGGCUACUAUUUCUGUAAUCCCAUAUUCCUUCCUCAUUCUCAUAAUCCUUUUCACAUCUAAAGUAAACGCAGAUGACAAGUUCACCUACUUAUGUGACAAAAAUAACGAUAGAGGCGACUACAUAACCGGUAGUACCUACCAUAACAACCUCAAAAUCGCUUUCAUAUACCUCACUUUCAACUCAAAAGUUAACUACGGUUUCUACAAUACAAAUUACGGCCAAAACGAGGACAAAGUAAACCUCAUUGGAAUAUGUAGAGGAGACAUUAAUCCUGAAGAUUGUCGCAAAUGUCUCGUUAGUUCAAAAUCCUAUCUAACAGAAGCAUGUCCAAACAAAAAAGAAGCAAUUGGAUGGUACGAGGCUGAUCAGAAAUGCAUGCUGCGUUAUUCAGACCGUUCGAUAUUAGGCCUCAGCGAAAUGUGGCCUGCUAUAAUUUGGUGGAACGUGAACAAUGCAACUUUGGCAGAUCAAUUCAAUAGUGUGAUAAAACAAUUGUUGAAUGAUUUAAAAAACAAGGCUAUAAAUGGUGACUCACAUCGUAAGUAUGCUGUAGGAACUUUGCCAGGUCCUAGUAGUGAUCAAACAAUAAAUGGUCUUGUUCAGUGUACACCUGAUUUGUCGGUUUCACAGUGUGAUGACUGUUUGAAUGAAUCUAUUGCUGAAGUCCCAAAAUAUUGUACCAACAAGAUUGGCUGUAGAGUUUUUAGAGCAAGCUGUAAUUUGAGGUUUGAAACUUACCAAUUCUAUCAAACCUAAAGCGAAAUCGGCUUCAUCUUGAAGUACUGUUAUGAUAAAGGAAACACAUCAAGAAGAACUAUUAUUGAUAUACUAUAGUAGUCAUGUUGACACCACCCAAAAAAAUAUUACUCAUGUUGCUUCUGCUUUUGUUAUUAUGUAUAUGUUUAUCAGUGUCUAUUUGAGAAUAAAAGGAUAAUCAAUGAAACUUCAAAAGUGUUUGUAAUAA